AGCGGUACCCGGAAGUGUGCGGAGCAGCACGGAGCGUUUGACGUUUAGCUUGAAAACACACAGUGAAAAUGCAGCUUCACUUCACUAAAGACAGUUUGCCGGAUGCGGUCGCCGCCGACUUUCAAAAUCUGAACAAAUUGAACGAGCAGCAAUUCCGUCACCUGAUCGAAGUCCUCUUCCUUUUCCUGUUGGAGCCCAAAGAGACCGACCGAUUCAUGCAGCAGCUGAGUGAGUUUGCAGGAGAAAACGGGAUGAGUGCGGCUCCUCUGAGGAACCUGAUGAAGAGCGUGCUGAUGGUGCCACAGGGAGCGCUGAAGAGAAGUCUGACUGUCGACCAAAUCAAAGAAGAUUUCCAGACGUUGGGCUUGAAUGAAGACAAAGCGAGCCACUUUUCUGAGCAGUGGGGGAGCCACUAUCCGGCGCUGUCCAGACUGGCUGUGGCCCAGACCCUGCUGGUCAACCAGCUGCUGGACAUGGAGUGGAAGUUUGGAGUCACCGUGGGCACCAGUGAGGUGCAGAGAGCCGGCCACAUCUUCCUCCAGCUGAAGCUGGUGGUUCGGAAAGGAAACGCCACGGAAAACGUUUACAUGGAGCUGACGCUGCCUCAGUUUUACAAUUUCCUGCACGAGAUGGAACGUGCCAAGGCCGGCAUGGAGUGCUUCUCCUGAGAGAGACCUGGGCAUUGAACACGCCAGCACCUUCCUGCUGACACCGUGGAGGGGCUUUAUUGACAGGCAUCAUGGCCAGGCCUUUGUUGUCCUGCAGGGGGAACCCUGGAGGCGCCGGCACCCAUCCUGUCUCUGCUGGUCCUCUUUGUUUUCAUUUCACUCUCCAGAGUUUGUACAUUGUGCUCAUCACUGGCAACACAUCUGCCAGGAACGUGAUGUCCUGCUGUGUGUCUUCGGCUCAGUGUGGGCAGACGACCCCUUCCUUUUCUCGAGAGUUCAGCUGGAGACUCUUCCUGUCCAUCCCAUGGUGGGAGAGACCAGCGCAGGAACACACUCCAGGGAUGUCAAGCUCGGGCCAAAAUAGCUGUAUUCAAUUGUGUCAAUAAAAAGAUUUACUUUAGCACACGUCAUGACACUUGUGCACU